UCUUACCUGCUGUCUGGAACAACUCACCUGCGUGCGGCUCCGAGAUACCUACAAAGCUGCUGUUUGGCCGUAGAAAUGACGGCGCCCUCCUUGAGCGUGGUCCUGGUGGUGCUGCUGGCCGCCGCCGCGCUGUCGCGGAGCGCCGCCGAGCCCGGAGCGCCCCGCAGCAAGAGGAGGCUCGGCUCAGGAAGCGAAGGAGGCGCCCAACAGCGCCCCCUGAAGGCCGCACGGGGCUACGGCAAGGACCGCCCGGGCGACGGCGGUCAAGCGGCUCAGGCGUCACGGGGAAAAGGCGGCAGGCCCAGUUCCCGCGGGCCGGCCCAUCCCCUGACCCGCUUCCAGGACGACAGGACGGGCUUGGAGGGUCUGAGUCCGGUGCGGGUGGAGGCGGGUCCCGGCAGAGCUGGAAUGAAGACGCGGCCCAGGGAGAACCACCUUAUGGCGACACGCAAGGGGAGGGGCCACGAGCAGCACUCUGACCUCAGGAGACAUGGCGGGCGACGGGACAAGACGCGGCGUGGACAAGGUUUUCUUCUGGACCGCAAGCUGAGCGAUCCGCUCCACCAGCCGCCUCCCUCCCCCCUCUCCACCCACCCCCACCCCGCCCUCCGUGCGGAGCAUCUCGGCGACGCCUCCCCCUCGUCGCCCCACUCAGGCGCCUUCGGCUCCGGCUCCUCCAUGGUUGCCACGGUGAUGAACGAUCAUCCCCCAACGCUGCCCCCGGCCUCCACCAAGACCCAGAAGUCAGGAGGAGCAAAAGGGCGAGGCGAGGUGAUGCCCACGCUGGACAUGGCGCUCUUUGACUGGACCGACUACGAGGACAUGAGACCUGUGGACGCCUGGCCGUCCUCCAGGAAGAAAGACAAGAGGCGGAGCAAGAACCUCAGCAGCGGGAACGCCACGGCGGAUGCUGACAUCAUCGAGCCAUGUGACCACCAUCUGGACUGUCUUCCUGGUUGGUGCUGUGACCUGAGGCAGCACGAGUGCAAAGGUCACAGCCGAGGGCUCAACAACAAAUGUUAUGAUGACUGCAUGUGUGAGGAAGGCUUCCGCUGUUACGCCAAAUUCCACCGCAAGCGCCGCGUGACGAGGAGGCGGGGCCGCUGCGUGGUCCCCGAGUCGGUGAGCAGCGACCAAGGAGGCUUCAUCACCAUUUGAGGAGGGGCGGGGGCGUGUCCUGCAGGGGGGAAGGUGAACGCCUCCACAUCGCUUGUCUGUCAGGCGGACAUUUUCAUGCACAAGUGGAUGCUUUUUAUUUCUGGAUUUGCUUGUCAAUAACGUUGGUUGACCAAGGUGUAUACCUGUUAAUAACAUCUCCUGGUUGACCAAGGUGUAUACCUGUUAAUAACA